CCCCAUCCCCCGGCUCGGAGGACGGCCUCCGCCAAUGGCAGAGCUCCCAGCUCAGAGCCUGCGGGUUAGGUUGUGAGGCUCCGGCCGGGGGCGGGGAGGAGCCGAGGGGGUUCAGAACGAGCUCGGCCGCUGGGUGGGUCGGGGCGUUCGGCGCGCCCUUCACUGAAGCGGCGGUGGCCGGGCUGGGCGCCGGGAGUGGAAAGCGACGGCGCGGCUGGAAAAUGCCAGUCCACUCCCGAGGGGAUAAGAAGGAGACGAACCAUCACGAUGAGAUGGAGGUGGACUACGCCGAAAAUGAGGGGAGCAGCUCCGAGGACGAGGACACCGAGAGCUCGUCCGUCUCCGAGGAUGGAGAUAGCUCAGAAAUGGAUGAUGAAGACUGUGAAAGAAGAAGAAUGGAAUGUUUAGAUGAAAUGUCCAAUCUUGAAAAACAGUUUACCGAUCUCAAGGAUCAACUUUAUAAAGAACGAUUAAGUCAGGUGGAUGCAAAACUACAAGAAGUCAUAGCUGGAAAAGCACCAGAAUAUUUGGAACCACUGGCAACUUUACAAGAAAAUAUGCAAAUUCGUACAAAGGUAGCAGGAAUCUAUAGAGAGCUCUGCUUAGAAUCUGUAAAGAACAAAUAUGAAUGUGAAAUUCAAGCUUCUCGCCAGCAUUGUGAGAGUGAAAAGCUUUUGUUAUAUGAUACAGUCCAGAGUGAACUAGAGGAGAAGAUCAGAAGGCUUGAAGAGGACAGGCACAGCAUCGACAUUACCUCAGAGCUGUGGAAUGAUGAGCUUCAGUCAAGAAAAAAGAGGAAGGAUCCUUUCAGUCCUGACAAAAAGAAGCCGGUUGUUGUUUCAGGUCCAUAUAUAGUUUAUAUGCUGCAAGAUCUUGAUAUUCUUGAAGACUGGACAACAAUCAGGAAGGCGAUGGCUACCCUGGGUCCGCACAGGGUGAAAACAGAACAAUCAAAGGCCUGGGUAACUCUUGGAAUAUAUUAUACUCUGCUCCUUUGGAAGUAUCAGCUGCAGGGGAGAAAAUAUGAAAAAUACAACUUUCAGUGUAAAUAUGCACCUGUGAAACUGGAAAAACACCUGCACAGUGCUAGAUCUGAAGAGGGAAGAUUAUAUUAUGAUGGUGAAUGGUAUAUACGUGGACAGACAAUAUGUAUUGAUAAAAAAGAUGAAUGUCCUACAAGUGCCAUAAUUACAACAAUUAACCAUGAUGAAGUUUGGUUUAAGAGGCCUGAUGGAAGCAAAUCUAAGCUUUACAUUUCACAGCUACAGAAAGGAAAAUAUUCAAUUAAACAUUCGUAAUCAUGAUUUAAGUGUUAUCUAAAUGUACCUUAUUAGUGUUACCAAGUAUGAUGUGCCAUGGGAAUAAAAAAACAUAUUCAGUAACUUAAUAUUCUCAUUGAAUCUUGAGAGACUAUGUAUUUGUAGGUAGUACUCUAAGUAGACCUCAUGUUGAUAUGUUACUAAAAGAGACAGUAAUAAACGUUUAAUCAUAAUCAUUACAUUUAUUUGCCUUUUAGGUCCAAUGACCAAUAGGUAUAUAUGGUAAGGGUUUCUUACUAAACUUUGUUUGGUUUUUAUGUAAAUCUGUCUUCUCUUUAGUGAACUAUGUUGCUAAAUGGCCGGCCACAUUUAUCUGCAGUUUUCUUGAUUUUCAGUAUCUGUCAUUGAUCAUGCAUUUGUAAAUAAGCCUGAUAAAAUGUUUCCUAUAAAUGGUUUGUAUUAGUACAUAAGUGUUAAAUCAGAAUUGAACUUUCAGCAUAUAUACGUGAGUAUAUAUAGGUGGCAUCGUCAGCUUGUUUAGAACUGAUGGCCUUACUUUACAAUCUUGUUUUACCCAAAAUCAAGCUAUUGCGUUUGAAAGCUAAAAGGAGCACUUUUGUAGGCUAGCAGCUUUCCUUUUCCUCUCCUUGAUUGUAUGGUGGCGACCUAUUUUUACAAAUUAUACUUCAUGUUGAUUAGUAAAAUUCAUGUCAAGAAAUAACAUGCUUCUACCUGUGUUUCUCGUGAACCUUUAGAAGGCAGGUAUUCAGGCCUGGUGUUUAUGAUGCAGGAAAUAAGUGGUGAACCGUAACUGACAGUAUUGUGGUGCUUGCUGUAUAUGUCUGAUCUUUUGAAACAGAUUUUUAGUAAGCAUUUUCCAGAGGUAAAACUAGAUUCUUAUCCUAAUUUUAUUCCUAGGGCAAAAUAGACAGGGAUGAUCCCCUUGAAUCUGUUCCCAAAUUAAUAUUUUUAUCUUUGGUGUUUCUACACUUUAAGGCCACUUGGUGCAAUUUAGAAAGUAUUGGCCUCUCUUCCCCUAGUCACAUUCAAAAUUAACUUCUAAAACCUCAGGAACAGUACAAUGACUCGAAGCCCUCAAUAUGGCAGCGCAGUUGGCUGUGGAAUAUAUUAGGGUACAACCAAAUCAGGUAUUCCUGGUGGUCUUGUGCACUUUAAUUUCUGUUAUAUUGAGACAAGGAUGAGGAAGAGAUCUACUUUUUAACACUUAAGGCAGUAAUAUCUGCAUUAUUCUGUUUGUUUUCUUACUAUUUUGCCUCUGCAAACAUCUUUCUGUACAGAUCACUACUUCACAGUUGCCAAAUGUUAAAAUAUUUGACUUCUGAAAUUUGUUAUCAGCAAAGUUGCAUACUUUGUUCUGUUUCUAAUUAACCUUAGCAAAUGUAUAUAGUGUCAUAAUCCAAUAGUAUUUGACAGUACUUAUGUAUACAAUGUUUCAUAAGCAUUUUUAAUCAGAUUUGUAUUUUUAAAUUUAGUAUAUAAUAAAAAGAUGUGGUUGAGUGUCA